GCAUAAGGUCACCAUGAGUCAGAAUUAACUCAACGGCAGCUGUCUCUCAGCCCCACAGAGUCUUAGAGGAUGCAGGAGUCCUUUAAACCCUAUCUUGCCCUGAUCCUAUUUUCAGGGAUUGUGACACUUAGACUCACCUAAGAUGGAUUUUCCUGUUGUUUGUGUUACUUGGAUAGUUCUUAUGGCUGUGUGGGGGCUUGGGAGGGUCUUGAUAAUCAGGUUAUGGUUUAGCCUUCCUUUUUAGAGGCUAGUGGCUUUUCUUGAGUUGAUUUUUAUAUAUAUGUUUUCAGUGACAGCCAUUGUGUGAGAGAGGACCCCAAAUAGGAUCUCAGAAACGUUGGCUGUGGAUCAGGUUAUGUGCUGUCUUAUUAAGAAAAAUGCCAGGAAGUUUAUUACUCACCAACAGAACACAACUCAGAGUAAGAAAGGCCUCCUCCUCAGAGACUUAAAAAUCAUCCAUGUGUCUAGAAAAGACUGGGAGCGCUUUUCACAUCCACUUUAAGCUGAAAAACACUUUCAAGGCUGAGUGAUCCUAAAGAGACACCUGUGGUGCUGCCCUGAGAAUCAGGGAGCUGUGCUGUUCUCACUGGCCAGGAUCUGGGAAACAAACUGCUGUUCCUGUAGGCCUGGUUCCCACAGGGUAGUUCAGAGAGGGACUCCCGACAUUAAAACGAUCCCUAACAUGAAUGAAGCUAAAGCCCUCUCAUUUUUGUGUCUGUCUUGCUCUUCCUAGGAAUCCCUGCUUGACAGAGUCAUUGAGGCCUGGAGAAGGAAGGGGAGCAUGGGGUUGGAGAAGGAUUUGCCAUCUUGGGAUCUCUAUGGCUUUCUGUCCUGGGCUCUGGGGCCCCCUCGCCCAUGUAAACAGAGCCCUCAGCCAGCGCUGCUUAAGCACCACUGGGAAUCUCAGUGCCAUUCAGAAGAUGACCCGGGUGCGUGUGGUGGACAACAGCGCCCUGGGGAACACCUCAUACCACCGCCCUCCUCGCUGCAUCCACGUCUAUACCAAGAAUGGGGUGGGCAAGGUGGGUGACCAGAUACUGCUGGCCAUCAGGGGACAGAAGAAAAAGGCGCUUAUUGUGGGGCAUCGCAUGCCUGGUGCCCGGAUGACCCCCAGGUUCGACUCCAACAACGUGGUCCUCAUUGAGGACAAUGGGAACCCUGUGGGGACCCGAAUUAAGAUACCCAUCCCCACCAGCCUACGCCAGAGGGAAGGCGAGUAUUCCAAGGUGCUGGCCAUUGCUCAGAACUUUGUGUGAGGAAAUCCCAGGCCUUGGGCUGCAGUGCGCUGGUGAAUGAAGCAGUUCUGAGAACCGCGCCUCCGCUGAGAGGGAACUUGGGGCCAGGUGGCUGCUCCCUUCACAUUGGGGUAACAGUGUCUUUUGAGAAAAUAAACCUUUUCAUGUA